AUGGAAUCAGAUCCGCUUCUUUCAAGCCACGAUCCGUUUCUAUUUGAGAGUGAUGCUAUUGAUUUUAUCAGUACCAAGGAUUUGAAUGAUUUGAAAUUGGAUUUUCCUGUGGAUUGUUUUAAUGAUGAGUUGGAUCCAUCAUUUUUGGAUGUUGAUUGCUUUGCAAAUGAACUUUGUUCACAGAUUGAUGCGCAACAACAAGAAGAUGUCGCUGAAGAAGAGCAUUCAUAUGCUCAUUUACCUGGGUCUCCAGGAUCAAAUCACUCUGCAUUUAGUGGUACUUGCUCUACAUCUUCUGCAGAAUAUCUGCCACAAUCAUUUCAACAACCAGUCGAUAUACUCCAGGCUGCCAGUAGUGAAAUAUUUGGUGAAACUGCUGUAGAAUCGAUUACGCAAGCAGUCAACAAAUCUGCUGAGCAACCCCCAAAACGUUCUUUCGGUAUCAAUAAACCAAGGACAGUGGUUCGGUUUAAACCUGCAGCACGUGGGGUUUCUUCCUCAGCAAGCUCUUAUUCUUCUGGAGCACAGUCUCCUGCUUCGAUUUCGUUAAGUUCGGUCCAGUCAUAUAAUACUGUACCAAGCAGAAAAACAAAGUAUGAAGCACUCAAUUUAACGGAAGAGGAGAAAAGAUUAUGUAAGAAAGAAGGAAUCUAUCUCCCAGACCACUAUCCCCUAACAAAGGCUGAAGAACGAGAACUCAAACGCAUUCGCAGAAAAAUUCGUAAUAAGCGUUCAGCACAAACAAGUCGGAAAAGGAAGCAAGAUUAUAUAGAAGCUUUGGAGGAUCGGGUGGAAGACUGCAGUCAGGAAAAUAUGGAACUGAGACGACAGGUUGAGCAUUUGCAAAAGCAGAAUCAGACUUAUUUGUCGCAGCUCAGAAAACUUCAAGCAGUUAUUGCCAAUAGUGCAAAGCGGAACACGCAUGCGAGCACCUGCCUUGGUGUUCUUCUUUUGUCAGUAUGUCUGCUCGUUGCUCCAAAUCUUUCUCCUCUCUCCCAGAAUCAGGAAGUAGAGUUAGACGAACAAGCACUUGCAGCGCAGCUCAAUAAUAAUCAAGAUAUAAAACGAGCCCCAUUUGCUGGGCGCUCGCGCACACUGAUGGAAUUUGUUGGGGCUGGUGCUGACCAGAAGAACAUUGUUUGUUUGGAAGAGGAGGAGGAGAACGAUGGGGAGGGUGUUGUCGCCUCUAACAGACCUGUAGUGCAUAAGCAAACAAAUAACCGGAAUGCACCGAAGCUUGCUGGCGAGGAAAGUUAUGGUAAUGGUUACAAAAGUCCUAACAAUGGAACAUUUGGCGGGUUGUUGGAAAGACCUCAAAUAGACAGUCGAAAGAGGAACAUUAGUGAACAACUGUUUAAUCCUAAAUACCCGCUCAAAAAAGUCGCUGCUUUUUCUGUUAAGCCUAAAAAGGCCUUAAAAAUUGAAGACUAUAGUGGUUCUGUAUCAGAUGACACACCAGUUCAGUAUGUCCCAUUAAAGCUGACGAACACAACAAAUAAGCAGUUGUACUUACAACCAACCAGUUUCAAUGGGCCUCCAUACAAACGGAUAAAAAUGGAGCAGUUAUAA